CCGCUCUGCGAAUCCGAAGAUCUUUGCCACAAGAAAAGCGGCAUCUAAACAGCUGGAACACGAAACAGUAGGAAGCUGUACGUCUUCGUUGGACACAUGAUGCUCAUCGUGAUUCAGCUUGCCGUGGUCAGCCUGGGCCUCGUUGUCUGUGCAGCAGCCUUCCACCCAGUCACCCGGUCAUCUGCCCUCAGCUUUCCACGCGCAGCCUUCUCUCACAGACAGCCUUAUGUUUCAUCAACGGCAUCACCACUACCACCACUGCCGGGCGAGACCGUGCUGCUGAGCACCGUGGCUGAGGCGCCAGCACCGGCACCGCCAGCAGCAGAGGCAGAGGAGGCCGAUGCUGCAUUGGCUGCCGGUGUGGCUCGCGAGGAGGAUGUGUCUCGUGACGGCGGCGUCGUGAAGCGAGUGGUUCGUGAGGGCUACGGGAAGCUGGCGCAGGGCGGGGGCUUCGUCAAGCUGCGCUACACGGGGAAGCUGGCGGAGACCGGUCGGGUGUUUGCCAGAGGGGAUGACUUUCGGUGCAUGGUGGCUGACGGCUCGAUGAUCAAGGGUUGGGAUCUGGCUCUGCGGACGAUGAAGGAGGGCGAGGUGGCCGAGGUGGUGAUAGCGCCCAAGUAUGCCUACGGGGUCAAGGGGGUGCCGCCGGUCAUCCCGCCCAACGCGCCGCUGCUGUUCGAGAUCGAGCUGACCGAGUACGAGGGGACGCCUUAUGACCUCAAGUUGGGGCUCAACAUCGACAAGAUCGAGACCGACACAGAGAAAAAGAGGAAGGACAAGGAGAAGGCAGAGGCUGCACUCACCGAUAUGGAAAAGUUCAAAAACUGGCUCAACAGCCUGCAGUUCUUCGGGUCAGUCAGUGCGGGACAGAGGGAGUCAGGCGGCCGCACACCACUCUGUAUAUCCGUUGAUUUGCUGAUUGCAUUGGUUGGUUGGCUGCAUGUGUGUGUCCACCAGAGUCGUGACGGCGGGGUACCGUCGUGGCGUUCCCUGGUACGUGAACCCUUUGGUCCUGUACCCCACGUGGUUCUUCAUUGUGGGAGUGCUCUUCUACGUCACAUUCAGCCUGGGGGGCCUCAACAUCGGCGGGCCGCAGCAGGAGCAGUCCCCCGACAGCUUCAGCAUCAUCAAGACCAUCAUCGACGGAUUCAAAGGAGGACCCCAACCUGACACAUGACACACACACACACACACAGUGCAGUGGGGGCGGGGUGGGGUGACAGUGGCAGCGCUCGAUGUUUGUUCGCUGGCUUGGAGCUGGUGUGUGCGCGGGAGCGCACUGGUUUUUGUGUGUUUCGCUCGUGUGGUGUGUGAAUGAGGGCCGUGCGUGUGUGCAGAGAUCUUUGACAACCAGACGAGAGAGAGGCAUGAGUUUUUGUCCAGGGGGCAGUCAGAGAGGGUGUUGGUGUCGUGACUAUCGUGACUGACAUCGCAAAUACAACUGUCACGCUAAGCUAAUGCAUCCGUAUGUCCG